AUGAGAGAUUGGUUCCUGAAAGACUUAAAGUUAUUUUUUUUUAAUUUUACCGAGUUUACGUUGAAAAACAUGUCGUCAAAGGAAGUUGUUGAUGACACCGGUUCGGAUGGUCCUAGUGAAUCUAAAAGGAGGAAAAUAACCGAUGGAAAAUCAGUAUGUGAACCGGAGCCGAGUGUUGAAAAACCCGCGGAAAAUUCAGAGGUAACUGAAACUCGUCUGAGUAAUAAAAAAGAACAGGAGGAGUUGAGUAAACAGAAUGUUUCAAAUGUUGGACAGGACUUGACUGUAUCUAGUGCCUCGACGACGGACAAAACCCCUGGAGUUCACACAGAUGUUGUUGCUGAACACUACAAUGCUAUUCCGGAACGAGGUUUGUCUCAUAGAAAUCAGAGUAGAAUUUUUUUCAUGAGAAAUUUUAACAACUGGAUAAAAAGUAUGCUUAUAAAUGAGUAUCUGGUGAAGAUAAAAGACUCAUUGUCCCAUGGGACACCUAUUAAAGUACUUGACAUGUGUUGCGGUAAAGGUGGUGAUCUUUAUAAAUGGAAACAGGGAGCAAUUACGCACUUAAUAUGUACUGAUAUUGCUGAUGUUUCUGUUCAGCAAUGCGAGAGUCGUUUUGAAAGUUUACCACAGGCUGAAUGUAUGAUGAGAAAUGCUAGUGAGAGUCUUAAACCAGGUGGUUAUUUUAUCGCAACCAUUCCAAAUGCUAAUGAUCUAGUAUAUCAAUGGAAGCAGGCUGAGGGCAAUAAAUUUGGAAACAGUGUUUACAAUGUCGAGUUUUUGUGUGACAAAGAAAAAAUACCGCUGUUUGGCGCCAAGUACAAUUUUCACCUAGAAGAUGUUGUCGACUGUCCAGAAUUUCUUAUAAAUGUUACAGUAUUAAAAAAACUUGCUGCUAAAUUUGGACUUGAAUUCAUAUCAUUCGAGAGAUUCAACGAAUUUUACGCCCGGUGCAAAGGCGAUGGCAAAUCCUUGCUGGCUAAAAUGCAAGCAAUGGAGUCAUAUCCGCCGUACCAUGAACCUGAAUUGAAAGGCAAUAACCCUGAAGAUUAUCAGCAUGCGAUUCAGUAUACGCAAAAUAAACCCGAUCAUCGCAAAAUCGGGACACUUACUCUUUCCGAAUGGGAAGCUACAUCUUUAUAUGCCGUGGUUGCAUUUAAAAAAAUGAAAACAUCGUGGAGUAGCGAGGGUAAACCUGAAUACUCAAAAGCGUGA